UGUGUCGUUGCGAUUUAGCUUUGUAACUUUGUGCGGUAGAGAGCUUCAGUCGACAUAUAGGAGUUUGCCUUUGGUUAGUAGAGGUUUCUUGCCACCAUGUCUGGUCGCGGCAAGGGUGGGAAGGGACUGGGCAAGGGCGGCGCCAAGCGCCAUCGUAAGGUAUUGCGCGAUAACAUUCAGGGGAUCACUAAGCCUGCCAUCAGGCGCUUAGCAAGAAGAGGAGGCGUGAAGCGCAUCAGUGGUCUGAUCUAUGAAGAGACUCGGGGCGUGCUUAAGAUCUUUCUUGAGAACGUGAUUAGAGAUGCUGUAACAUAUACCGAGCAUGCUCGGCGCAAGACCGUGACGGCUAUGGAUGUGGUUUAUGCCCUGAAGCGUCAGGGCAGAACUCUCUAUGGUUUUGGAGGCUAGGUCGACGUGCCAGACCUUCGCAUCGCACGUAAAAAUGGUGUUAUUGAACACCACCUUCUGACGAACCUUAUCAAGUCUUAUCAGUUUUAGCUUUCUACUUUCAUUGGAUGUUUGUUUACUUAUUUGUUUGUUUGUUUGUUUUUUCUUUCUAAUUUUAGCGAGUGUUGUGUUUCGUGAUGCUUGGGAUGUUUGUAACAGCGUUAACCGAUUUGACAGUGGCGUCUUUUAUUUCCAAGCGUUAAGUCCCAAGCCUAUAAUUUCAUUUUUGCGGUUUUGAACCGUGUCCGCUUACAAAGCGUCUAGAAGUUGUAGGUUCGUAUUAUAUGAAUUCCUGGCUUACAGAAGCCUUGUGGUUAAUUUAGUGCUAAUUUUUUUGAAUAAAAAAGGUAAUGGGCUUGAAUAAAAAGUACACCAUUUCACCUUU